AAAAAAGCACCUCCUGAAGAGAAACAGAAAUCUAAAGAACCAGAGAUUCGUGAACAGGAACUUCCAGAUGAGGGCAGCCCUUCCCCUGACUCAGCAGAAGAAGAGCUGAGUUCCACAUCAGUGGUUUUAGAGAACGUUCCAGAAGAGACCAGCCAAGAAUUCUUGGAAAUGUUGGUGGAAAAUGUUUUGAAGGGUCUCGGCUCAUCAUCUCAGAAGUUCAGUUUGGAAAUGAUUCCAGAAAUUUCCUCAGCUGUUGUGACUUUUCAGACAGGAGCAGAAAACGCCAACUUUAUCAAAGCCUGCCCUCGAAACCGGAUGUUCACCAAGAAGGGAUUAAUCGUCCGGUCUCUUGAGCCAACAAAGCAAGUCGUUGUUGACAAUGAACACAACUUUAAUGCAGACGUACUCCAACUUUACUUUGAAACCAAAGGUAGAGUUGUGGAAGAUGUUUUGCUUAAUGAAGAGGAAAACUCUGCUGUCAUUACGUUUACAGACCCCAAAGGUGUCAAGGAUGUCCUCAAGGAAAAGCACAACAUCAGAAAUAAGGAGAUCAAAGUCUAUCAAUUUUUUGAGUCUUUGGGAGUAGCUCUCUAUGGAAAAGAUAAGAAAAUGUCAAAACUUCCUGCAGCCAUUUCUGAGCCCUUAGAGAAUGCUGUCUUUACAUACCUGAAACAGAAUCCAGCUGCACUGGAAUCCAUUCGCAGUGACUUGGAGAAACAUUUUUGCAAUGUGGGCCUUGAGCAGUCUGCUGUGUGCUUAGGACCCAAGGGCCUGUUGCUGAAGCAAAAGGAUUUCAAAACAUUGACCAGAGACUGGACUAAUACAGUAAAGUCUGCCUUUGCAGAAAAUAUGUCUAAGUUUAAAUCCAAAACAUUCCAGCUAAAGCCAGAGGCUGUGGAGGAGUCUGAGAGGGUAAUUCGACAGACUCUUCUGAAGGUGCCUAAAGAGGUUGUUUUGGUGCCUGAUAAAGCUCAGGGUGUUAUAUCUGUGGCUGGUCUUGUGGAUGAUGUAAACGCACUAGAGAAACCAAUUCAGGAAGUCAUUGAUAAAACUUCACAAAUGGUGGAGAGGCAGAAAUUAAGCAAAACCCAAGAGGUGAAAGUCCCGCCUACAAUCUAUCAUAUCCUGUCUCAGGAUGGUUUUCAAGAUAAGCUUUUGUCUGUGUACCCCGAGCUCCAGAUGUCCUACAGCAAAGAAAAAGCAACUUUGAAAGUUACUGGCCUUGUCGACGAGAUUUUCGCCGCUACCAAAACCAUAAACGACUCAAAUUUUUCGUUGAAUAGACAGAGUUUAGACAUGGAGGAGUCUGUACUUAAUUUGUUGAAAGGUGGAGAAGAAGUGGAACUGACAAAUUCUCUCCUCAAUGCCUUCGACAUAAAUGCAGCUUUGGAAAUCAGUGCAAAGAGGGUGCAGCUUGUCGCCGCUUCAGAAGCAGAUCUGAUGGAUGCUCAAGAGCAUCUGAAGCAAUUGUUGACAACUAAGCACAUAGAUGUUGAAGAUGCAGAUGUCCUAAAAAUGGCAGAGUGGAAAGAUUUGGUCAGGAAGAUGGAGGAUGAAAACAACAGUUCAAGUAACAGGAUUCAAAUCCAGACAGCCAACCACCAAGUAGUGGUGUGCGGUCUUAAAGAUGAGGUGGAAAAAGUCAGUUGCACAUUAGAAGAGUUUUUAAUUCAGAAUGCUUGUGUUGAUGAAACUGUUGAAGUCCCCGCAAAUAUCAUUAUAAAGUACCUCAAAAGUCCUGAUAUGCCCUGGAUAACAGAUUUACAAAAGCAAGUGGACUUGUCAUUCAAAAAUAACACCAUCCACCUAAGUGGUUCCAGAGCUGCCGUGGAAGAAGCUAGAACUUUGAUUGAACCAAUUGUGUCAUCUGUAGUUUUUGAUCGUUUAUUAGUCAACAAACCUGGGGGGAAAAAGUUCUUCCAGCAGAAAGAAAACAUGUAUCUCUCCUCGAUCAAGACUGACACUGGUUGCUUGGUUCAGCUGGUUGAUGAGACAGCUGGCGCAAAAGAUGGUUUAGUUCCUAGACAAGUGCCAAAACCUGUUUACCAAAUUCCAACUCAAGAUGGAGUAGAAAUAGCUGUUUUUAAGGCAGAUAUGUGCAGUUACCCAGUCGAUGCAAUUGUUAGUGCUGCUAACUCAAGCCUAAAACCCGAUGGAGGUCUCGCGAAAGCAAUUUUGAGAGCUGCUGGUCCUCAGUUCCAAGAUGAAUGUGAACAAAUUGUCUCAAAAGAGACACUGAAACCUGGUGACUCAGUUAUAACUGGUGCUGGAGGGCAACUGCAAUGCAAGAAAGUCAUCCAUGCAGUGGGACCGGUGUUUGAGACAACUAAAGCCCAAAAGUCUGUGGCUCUGCUGAAGAAAGCCGUUAAAGAAAGUUUAGAUCUUGCUGCAGAUAACGGUUUUGCUUCUGUGGCUCUUCCGGCCAUUAGCAAAAACCUUAGUUUCCCCCUUGAUCAGUGUACACUUUCCAUUGUCACAGCAGUAAGGGAAUACUGUGAUGAAUGCUAUGACGAUAACCGCUUGAGGAAGAUCCAUUUGGUAGACAGUGAUGAUAGUGUCGUUCAGGCUUUUGAAAACGCAGUCAAGCAGGUGUUUGGCAAUCAUGGAGUCAGUCAUUCCCAACAAGCCAUUCCUCCAAAAGACGUAAAGAAGAAGUCUCCUACCUCUGAUCCCUUCCUGUGCGAAGUGAAAACUAAAGAAGGCCUACGCAUCAUUCUUAAAAAGGGAAACAUAGAAGCUUCAAAGACAGAGGUGACGGUCAACACAGUGUUCUCGGAUCUUGCGCUGAAUAGAGGCGCAGUUUCAAAUGCCAUUCUGAAGGCGGCGGGGCCCAAACUUCAGCAGCUUGUGACGGCUCAGAAAGCUGCUGGAAUUGAAGGCGAGGUCAUUAUUACUGAUGGCUGCAAUCUGAAGAGCAAGAAAGUGUUUCACGCUGUUGCCACUAAGUGGGACAACGGUCAAGGGCCUGCUGAACAGGCGUUGAGUGGAAUAUUCAAGAAUUGCCUGGAAAAGGCAGAAAAUGGUAAUUUGGCUUCCAUUUCGAUGCCAGCCAUUGGCACCGGAAACUUGGGUUUUCCAAAAACCCUUGUAGCCUCCAUGAUGCUGGAUAAAAUUUUAGAGUUCAGCAGUCAGGUACAACCCAAACACCUGAAGAGGGUUGAAAUAGUUCUUUACUCUGGAGAUGCACCAACAAUCCAGGAAUUUACCACGGAGUUUAUAAAGAAGUUCCCCAAUGCUUCCGUUGGUUCAAAUCCUAAAAGUUCCUCUCAAGCAACAGGGCCCUUCUCAAAAGUUACCUCCAGUACUGGGAAGCAUGAAACUACAUUGGGAAAUGUGACUAUCCAAGUAGUAACUGGAGAUAUAACCAAAGAGACAACAGACAUCAUUGUUAAUUCCUCGGAUGAAAAUUUUACUCUCAAAUCAGGAGUAUCCAAGGCCAUUCUGGAUGCAGCCGGUCCGGCUGUUGAGCAAGAGUGCCAAACCAGUGGUGCCCAGCCAAAUUCCGGCAUGAUACUGACACAACCUGGUAACCUUAAAUGUAAGAAGAUCCUCCAUCUGGCUGGACAGACAGACCCUGUAAAAAUCCGGAAGGUUGUAAAGGAUGCUCUGGAAAUAUGUGUGAAACAGUCCUUCACCUCUGUCUCAUUUCCAGCCAUUGGCACAGCCUUCUUUUUUGGUCAAAGUGAAGAGAAGCAGAAAAAGGAGGAUGAGAUCUCCAUUGUGCCGGUCAAAGCCGACCCCGCUUGCUUCCACAUCUGCGGCGGUACACAGGCUAAAGUAGAUGCAGCCAAGAAGUGGAUAACUGACCUAAUAGUCAACGAACAAACCAGUAUGCCCAUAACUGACAACAUCAUCUUAGACCUGUCAAAGGCAGAAUCUCAGCUCAUCAACGACAUCCAAAAGAAAAUGGGGGUGACCAUCCGAAUGGAGAACAUAGACUCCCAGGCUUCGCUCAUCGUGGAAGGACUCAGCAAGGACGUGAUCAAAGCCAUGGGCGAGAUCGGCAAUAUUCUAAACAAAGUUAGGAACAAGCAGGAGUUGGACAAGAAGGUGGAGCUGGCAGGGGCAGUGGCAGACUGGCAGUACCAACUGCAGGGGCAGCGAUUUCAGAGUUUUGAUGCACUGACAAACUACGAGCUUGAGCAUGCACUGCAACAGGAUCAAAAAUCUGUAAACAUCAAAGUCCAGGGAAAAGACUACACCGCCAGCCUACCUGAAGGACCAGCCACAGACAAGAAGGGAAACACUCUGCAAAUUAUACGAAUCGAUAAACUAAAAGGUGAUGAUAUUCCUCCACACUGGGAACCUAUGCCUGCCAAAACCACCUGUUUGCUUACCAAUGUCCAGACUGGUACCCCAGAGUACAAUGAAGUUCUCAAAUUGUUUCAGGCUACCUGCAACCGAAACGUGAUAAAGAUUGAGAGAGUCCAGAAUCCUGCACUGUGGAAGAGUUUACAAAUCAAGAAGAACGAGCUGGAAACGAGAAAUGGUCAUCAGAACAACGAGAAGCGCCUUUUUCACGGCACCUCUGAAGACACGGUGAAAAUCAUCAACGAACGAGGCUUCAACAGGGUCUAUGCUGGAAAAAACGCUGCAUGCUACGGGAACGGCACCUACUUUGCUGUAAAUGCCAGUUACUCUGCCAGUGACACCUAUUCCAGACCCAACGCGAAUGGGGAGAAGAUCAUGUACCUCUGCCGAGUGCUGACUGGGGAUUUCACCCCUGGACAGCAAAACAUGAUCGCACCACCACCCAAGAGUUCUGGUUCCAUUAAAUUGUUUGACAGUGUUGUGGACAGGAUGGCAAACCCCAGCAUGUUUGUUAUCUUCCACGACACCCAGGCCUAUCCUGAAUAUUUGAUUACAUUCAAGUGACACUGCCAUUCACUAAUAUUACAUUAAUAAAAAAAAAAAAA